GUGUGUGUGUGUUUGUGUGUGUGUGUGUGUGUGUGUGUGAGAGACUUCAGGAGCGGGAGAACUUGCUCCCUGUGUGCCUCCGAUGUGCCGCCGAGGACCCCUCCUCCUGUUCCCCGGGACACGGCAGGCAUCUGGCAGUGGUGAGAUGUGAAGAGGCUUGAAAUAUGGCAUGCAAAGAUGCUUUCUGCCAAGAAGAAGGAGACGGUGGCAGCGAUGCGCCCGGCUUUUGUUCGGACCCUAUUCUACUUUUUGUGUUUGGUGACUUGUGUAAGGAAAAUCUCUGGACAGACAAAGAAGGAUGAAAGGAUCUACCCGGAGAAUUUUACGCGUAUUUUAGACCGACUUCUGGACGGUUAUGACAACAGGCUGCGACCUGGAUUCGGAGGUCCUGUGACUGAAGUCAAGACUGACAUUUAUGUGACAAGUUUUGGACCUGUCUCGGAUGUUGAAAUGGAAUACACCAUGGACGUUUUCUUUCGGCAGACGUGGGUGGACCGGAGGUUGAAGUACGAGGGCCCGAUAGAGAUAUUGAGGCUGAAUAACCUUAUGGUGACUAAAGUGUGGACACCGGACACUUUCUUUAGGAAUGGGAAGAGGUCUGUCGCUCACAACAUGACGGCCCCCAACAAACUUUUCCGCAUCAUGAAAAAUGGCACCAUCCUAUACACCAUGAGGUUGACCAUUAUUGCCGAGUGUCCCAUGAAGCUUGUGAAUUUCCCCAUGGAUGGACAUGCAUGCCCCCUCAAAUUUGGAAGUUAUGCCUAUCCUAAAACAGAGAUGGUCUAUAGAUGGACCAAGGGGCCCGAGCAUUCAGUGGAGGUCCCUCCUGAGUCCUCCAGCCUCGUCCAGUAUGAUCUCACCGGCCAGACGGUCUCCAGUGAAACCAUUAAAUCCAUUACAGGUGAAUAUGUGGUGAUGACGGUCUACUUCCACUUGAAACGUAAAAUGGGCUACUUCAUGAUUCAGACGUAUAUCCCCUGCAUAAUGACAGUAAUCCUCUCCCAAGUGUCCUUCUGGAUAAAUAAAGAAUCGGUCCCGGCACGCACAGUCUUCGGCAUCACCACUGUCCUGACCAUGACAACACUCAGCAUCAGCGCUCGCCACUCCCUUCCCAAGGUCUCAUACGCCACCGCCAUGGACUGGUUUAUCGCAGUCUGCUUCGCCUUUGUCUUCUCCGCGCUCAUUGAGUUUGCCGCCGUCAACUACUUCACCAACGCCCAGCUCGAGCGGGCCAAAAAGAAGCCGGCCAAAUGUCCUCCAGGCCCCCAAACCACGCCUGUGAAGGUCAAGGACACAGAGGAAGUGCUGCAGAAUCCUGAUAGCAACGGUAACCUAAGAAAGCGGAUGAACUAUAUGUCCUACCAAGAGGCCAGCAGUCACCAGAGAGCCCAGUCCACCAUCAACGUUUCUGGAGUGGGGAGAGCUAGGCCGCUACGACAUUUAGCCAGCGGGGCUAACGGCAGCUCCUCCGCGUUCUCUCGCACCAGUCCCAAAUCUGAGAGCCUGCUCAGUGUGGCCUCCUCCUCCGCCCAGCUGGUAAAGAGCACGCCACAGGCUGCAGCCUCAACACCAGACGUGAUGGCGGGAACGCCGUGCAAACAGAAAGCCAACUCAUCGUCUCUGCAGCAGCUGCUGGGGCCCAAACUGGAGCACUUCCAGAUGAUGGGGAACAAACCGGAGAUAAAGCAGACGCCGUGCUCCCAGCCCACCACUGCUGGUAUGGGAGGAACCAGCAAAAUUGACAAGUAUGCACGGAUCUUGUUCCCAGUGUCCUUCGGGGCUUUUAACAUGGUUUACUGGGUGGUUUACUUAUCAAAGGACACAGCGGUGGCGAAAGGUGGCUAGACUUUGUUCUGGCAACCACAGUGAAGACUUUUCUUUCAACAGAUGGGAAGCAAAUACGGAUUAUGGGAGUUGCAAACAAUACGAGGAAACUAUUGUUCCUUCCAAACAGAUAAACAAAUUGUGCUUGGCGAGCACUUCCAUUUCCUGGAGAACACUUUUUUCUUUUCUUCCUAAGGUCCUCAAACAGCAAGCAUGGGAACCAAUCAACCAAAUUAGAAAUAUUUGAGUCAAAAUAAGAAACAACACCUGCUAAAUGGAAUAUGCGACCUUCUUCUUUAUGUCAUGUACGUCUGACUGAAAAGGUCCGGGUCGGCUCUGACUGCCUCGUGAUCUUUUCUGGCCUGCAGUCCGGAUAAAGAAUCCAAUUUUUUCAUUUUCCUAUUUUUGUACUGUGCAUCUGGCCAGAUGAUAGGACGCUGUGACGCUGACUGAAAUGAACUGCGUCGGCGCUAUAUGAAUAUAUGAAUUUAGUAGGAUAAACAGAUUUAUAUUGAAUGAUUACAGUGUACUUCCAGUUGAAUAUUAAGACUUUUUGCAAUGGUGCCAGGAGGCUAGAUGAUGCAAGGUUGAAUGAUUUGACAGAGUAAGGGGAAUCUGGCAGUGGUUUUUCUUGGAUUUUUAAUUAAGAGCGAAUACAGGUUUAAGACCGUCUGGAUGAAAAACAAAAGAUAGUUUUGAACAGAAUCAAACUGGGCUGAUGGGAGCUUUGAAAGCCUCUCUUGUACAUUACCUACUCGCAAAGCAUCUUAUACGAGAUGGAUUAACUAAUCUGGAAAUAUUGAAAUAGCGAAAAGAUGAAAUUUGAGGAUCAGUCUGAG